CUGGGAGACACUGGGACUUUUCCAGCUGUGCACCACAAACUGCGUUUUGCUUAUACUAUCGGCAAUAAUAGUUUUCCUGCACAAAAUACAUCUUCUCACAAGUGAUCGAUCCGCCUCUCGAGCGGGCGUAUGUAUGACGGUUACAGACUGAGAAGACGAAGUUGGGUAUCCAUGUUUCUGCACAUUACAGACCUCAUGAGGCUAUUUUAACCAGUGCGCACUACGGUAGUGUUGGCUCGCCAAAGCAGCCCAUAGCAAGGAGUGCAGUCCGUCAGGCCGCGAGCAGCGGCAUUUAAACUUACCUACCAGCUGUGUUUCUAGCUAGGUUGAAGUUAUCAGUCCCAGUGCUUGCCGGUCGAUCGGCAACGCCGCGCCUGGCCUGGCCUGCAGCGAGCGAACGGCUUUCAGCAGCAGACACCGUGCACAAGCCGUUCGAGGCCGUCAACAUGUUGUCUCCAAAACAUGUCAUGCCCGUGUGUAUGUAUCGCACGGCGCUGGCGCUUCGCUUAUGGGCGAGGGAUUCAUGGCAUGCCAUGCACAACUCGUCAAUCCUUACAGCUCAGUAUGUUGUGCGAGUUCUACUGUUUAGGGUGGUGAUGCUCUUGCUGUCAUUAUACGAGCUUGAACAAGGAGUAAAACAUAUCGCUGAACUUGCGCCUGUUGAAUGGACGUCAACGGACCGAAUGCUGCUACUGGCGCUCAUGGCGCCAAUCCUGGCCUCCCUUGUGGGCCUCGUGUGGCCGUUUCUCAGCAUGCGGGUGUACGAGCAACGGCACAAAUGCAUCCACAAGGCGCUGCUUAUGCUAUGGGUUGCGCCAAGGAUUUCUUUGCACCGUAGCGGCCGCUCCUGGCUGAAAACACCAGCCAAGCAGCACUUCAUAGUGGACGUGCUUUUGCAUAUUCUGCUUCAGGAUCCAUUUCCGGAGUACGCGCCCAAAGCGGUGAUUAUGGGCGUGGUGUAUUGCUUAGCAUCGGUUCCCCCCCCGAACAGCCUGUCGGGCACGGAACACGCUCUGGGUACCUACGCUCAGCAUGCGGAGUUCUACUUGGGAGUUCUGUUCCUGGCAUUAGUGGUCAGCAGGGCUUAUGAGCUCCUAAUGGGUCGCCGAGAGCAGCCCGUCUUCCUGCGGCACCUUGCCCACCACCUCCGAACCUUGCCGCAAGCGCUGAAUCGAAAUCGCCACAUCAGCGACAGCUACCUAUGGAAGCUGUGUGGGGUUAAGCUUGUGGAUGCGCUGAUGCUGCUGUACAGCGGUGAGCUGUACCUCCGAAGCGGCAUGGCGCAGCGAAGCUGGCAGAAGCUCAUGGUUGCCAGCCUAUCCGGCGCUGGCGGUGCCGUACUGAUAGGUUGCAUCUGCAUUGGCGUCUUCUCACGCCGUACACUAUACCAGCGGCACCACAGCGUGGUCAACGCGGCCGGCCUGUACGUCAGCCUCGUUUCCCGCCUAGCGCUGGUGCUAGCGGAGGCGCGCACGGGUCCGGGCAGCAGUCAAGCAGCAGCCUUCCACGCCUACCUUGCAUCCGUCUUCUCCCUGCUCACGCAUGAAGACUCGCUCGGGCUCCUUUGCAGCCAAGUCGGCGCCAUCUGCAUCCUCUUCAGCGUCUUGCAAAUGUACAUCACCAGCAGCUGCCGUACAUUGUCAUUAUCAGCAUCAUCAUCAUCAUCGCUAUCAGACGCAUCAUAUUUAAGCCUGUCGUAUCGUCAUCCGGAGUUCCUAGCCGUCGCGUUUCUGGCCUGCAGCCUCUACCGCUGCUUGUGCUUAGGCGUUUGGUCAGAUCUCGACGACGAAGCUGAGGUAGAUGCUACGGAUGCGGCCUUCCAGAGCAUAAGCAACAGGGCAUCCCCAGCAACCACACGAACCGGUCCCAUGGCUGCUUCCACCGCCGUUGCAUCAGGCACAUGCGGCUGGUUCCCCGCCUACCCUGCUGCGGUAGACAGUAGCCAGAUGAUUGCACCCCGUCCCAAGACCUCUGACAUGCCGUUCUUAAUGUCCGCCAAGUCCAUUCAUGAGGAUGAGGGGGCUAUGGUAGCAGGAAUUCCAUCUUUCGGGAGGUGGUCGGGUGCCUCAUCACGGCUCUUGCAAGCGACUCAGCAGCAGCACCAGCUCCCACCCUUGUCAGCCUGCGAGGCGCCAUGUCCGCCAAUGCAGCAGCAGCAGCUUGACAGGGCCCACACAGAACCCAGCGCAGCAGGUAUUAUUGCAGCAGGCAAGGGGCGGCACUCGUACGAAGGCCAUGCUGCUGCUACCGGGCCGGGAGCAUACUUUUGCGGAGACAGUUGCAAGAGUCUGGAAGAUGGCGAAGCAGCAGGAUUCAUGGAGGGGGGUGUAACGGCGACAGCAGCCCCUUCAGCAACACUUGGCCUCGUUGGUUGUGGACGCGCUGUAGGUAACGCAGCAGCCAGGAACAGCAGCGGCAGCCGCCACGACGACGGUUCAUUAUCAUACGCUGGUAAUAACUCACCAGCAGCUGCCUUCACGGCCUGCCUUUCCGUUAGAAGCAUGGUAGCAGCUGGGGCCGCCAUGUCAGAUGACAACGGCGGCAGGAUUUCGGUUACGCCUGCUGCUGCUGCCGGUGAUUCGGAUGAGGAGCUAUUGCUCACUGUCAUGAGCAAGUCUAGCACGUGCAGCACCACAGCAGCAGCAACAACGUUGCACAGCAGGCAACAGCGCGGCCGUUUCGGUUGCUGCAGCAGCAGCGACGGAGCCGGCGGCACCCUGGCAGCUUCUGGCAGCAGCCCAGGCAUGCAGUUCCCGCCUCCCUCGCCCUCCCUGAGCAUUCGAAAGACAGCACCCAUGCUUCAAAACUUUAGCGUGCCAAGCAGGCUUUCCUCAGCAACCUGGCUGGCCUGCAGCCAGGACGGUAGCGAGGGCGCCCCUCGCACGCCGGCCUGCAGCAGCCUGAGCCACAGCAGUACGUCAAGCCUGGAUUCCCUAAACCACGAGCGAGCUAGCACCCCGAACUUAACGCUCCUAGAACCUAUCGACGACAUCCAGAAAACACAAAGCACGGAAGCUACCGAUCCUGCUGAUGUCGCCGCUGAAACGCCUCAAGGCAAGAAGCGUAAGCCGCCCGGACGUUCUCACAGCCGCGGUUGCUUGUGGCCACGUGCCGGAACCAGCAGCGCGAACACCGCCUCACGCAUCGUCUCAGCAGUGCUUGGAUCCCGUGCUCUAGAGCGUGCGGCAGCUGCCAAGGAGGCGGUGGCGGCUAGGAUGGCGCCGGCAGCAGUGUCGGGUUCGGGUAGCGUCUGCGGCAGCGUACGGAUGCUACAUCCUGCAGCUGGGGCCUCCAGGGUGGCUGUACGACAGCUGGCUAGGGAUGGCUUCACGAGCGGCAGCACAUCUGCUGGCAUGAUGGGUUCGUGUCCUUCUUUCCGGCGGAGCCCGAGUAUGGGCGGCGCCUUCUCGCCUCGGAUGUCAGUCAUGAGUGCCGCGAGUGCUGGCUCUUCGUCGCCCAUCGCCCUAGACGGUGGGUCACCUCUGCCGGGAGAACACCUCACUGCCGGACAGGCCCUGCAUGAGCCCCAGCAGUUGCAACAACAGCACCAGCCGCCGCCGCAGCGACUUGGCAGCAUCAGCAGCAGCGGCAACAGACCUGGGGAACGAACGCUCCUGCAAGGGGGGUCGCCUCAAGAGCAGCAGCACAAGCAGCAGUACCCGGCAUGGGGCGGCUGUGCGGAAGCACCAAGCGACUCACCUUUCGCGUUUGCUGGCACGGCGGAAAUCGCCGCAAGCGACGUAACUGCCACGCAGCAGCCAGCGCCACUGCAAGCCCCUGAGUCGCAUCGGGCGUCUUGCCCCUCACAUGGCUGCCCCACUACCUGGGUUAUGCGACUCCGGACACGCGUUUGGGAGCUCUUGCAAGGCUUCCGGCAUACUGCUGGUCACGCUGUCAUGGAAGCCCUGUUGUCACGUGUUUCACUCAAGACGUCUUACCGGCAUCUGAAGAGCGUCGUGAAGCCCCAGCAUGACUCCACCCUCGCAACCACCCUGGCGGUGGCCACGGCAGUAUUCCUAGCGGCAAGCCUCUCGGCUUGGUUGACUCCUAUCGCCUUGGAAGCAGCCACCUCCAUGCGAAGCAUCAAGCUGAUGAACAUAGCUCAACUUGAGACCGGACCCAACCUUCUCAGCAGUACCGGCAGCAGCACCACAAGCAGCGAUGGCAGCGGCAGUGGCAGUGCCCAAGGCACUAAAGCUGUGCUCCUGGUGGCCGUAGCCGUGCCGCUAUUCGUGGCUUUAGCUGUCGUACAAAGGCUUCUGUUGCGUGCGGGACCCUUCUCCGACCCUCGGCGCCGUUGGUAUAACGAGCGACAUCAGCGAUUGAUAGCCUUCAUGGACCAACUACUCGCGGGGGACCAAAGCGAUGCCUCCAUCAUAGAAGCCCUGAGGGAGGCGACGGCGGGUGCCUUCGACGCAACGGCUGGCUCUGCCGGCAACAUCAGCAGCAGCAGCGGGAGCAGCAGCAGCAGCAGCGGGGGCAGUAACAGCAUGGGUAGCAGCAGCGGCGGUGCUGCUGCUACUGUUGGUAGCCGGAACGGGAAGAUGGCCGGCUUUACGCUUGAGCUAGUAGUGCUUGAGGGAGGUGCCAGGAUGGACGAGUCGACGCCAGCAGCGGUACACGUGGUUCAUGGCGGGGAGGUCCUCAGGGCCAACGGCAUGGGCGACAACAGCAAAGGGGUACGCCGGCCGCUGGUUAUGCUUCCCAGUGUUCAUCACGCACUCAUGAACCAGGUGGUGCUCUUCACCAACGACUUCGCGUCCUCGCCCCCGGACGCCCACUACGAGGACUGGCGACUGCUUCACCAGGCCUGCGGCGCUGCAUCCAUGAUCACGGUCCCUCUGCUGUAUGGCGGCUGCGAUCUGGGGGCGUUGCUGGUCAGCUGCCCGGGUUCCGGAGCCUGGGAUGAGCUGGCGCGGAAGUUGCUGAUGGACUUUGGGCUCCAGAUCAGUCAGGCGCUGUACACUCGGGCAGUCCAACAAGCCCUGGCUGCAGAUGAGGCGGUCCUGACAGACAUCAUGCCCGAGGCCGUCAUGGAAUCCCUGAAGCGCAAGGCCCUGCAGUCCUCCAGCCGCAGCGUCCUGCCGCCCAGCGAUGAAGGACCUGCAGCAGCGGACGGCAGCGCUGGCGACGGAGGAGGCGGAGGCAGCUGCCAGCAGCAGCAGGCAGCGGAUUCGGCGGCAGCUGCGGCUGUGGUGUACAAGGAGUGGCACCCCAUGGUCUCCAUCCUCUUCGCAGAUAUUGUGGGGUAUACCAACAUGAGCCAGCAAGUUGAUCCGGAGGAGGUCAUGAUGAUGUUGCACCAGCUCUACUCCAAGUAUGAUGCGUUGUGCUCGAUCCACGGCGUCUACAAAGUUGAGACCAUCGGCGACUGCUGGAUGGGAGCUACGGGGCUGUUGGUUGAGGAUCCCCGUCAUGCGUCCGCGCUGCUGGCGUUCGGGCGGGACAUGUUCAGAGCGGCUGCGACAGUGCGCGAUCCCAGCACCGGCAAGGGGGUGCAGAUCCGGGUAGGCAUCCACAGCGGCCGAGUCAUGUCUGGCAUCGUGGGAAGCAUCCGAGCUCGCUACUGCCUCUUCGGAGACACCGUAAACACUGCUUCGCGCAUGGAGAGCACGGGCAUUCCAGGACACGUGCAGAUCAGCGCCAUCACGUUCGAGAUGCUGCAGCCGCAGGAGCAGUCGCUGUUUCAGCCCCGGGGCAAGAUUCCUGUCAAGGGCAAGGGCGACUUGCUGUGCUACUUGCUGCCGGGCGGAAACAAUGCUUUGACUGCUGUGACUGCUGCUGCUACAGUCGAAGCAGCAGAGCGUCAGGAGGAGGCGGGGACACCUAAGACGGCGCCUUCGGACCUGCUGACAUCUGUGUCCUCUUGACGAUGAGCCUGGCGGAGUUCCUGCGGGCGGGCGUAAUCGUUGUUUGAAUUUUUUGGCAGGAUUAUUAUAGGCAGAAGUCGAUAUACAUUUGUUGUACAGAGCGUUGCAACGGGUCCCAAAUUGGCUACCGACGAUACGCAUGCAUGCAAGCAUGGCUGCUGCAUAGGCUGCAGCUCUUGGCGAGCGGUUUAGGGCGUCUGGGAAUGUGCACAGCAUCCUUGCAAGUGCAGAGAUAGAAGAUUCACGACCGUUACACGGGCACACGGCUGUUCGGCGGUAGGUGUCAGCAGUGCUGCAACAUGGCUGCAUGGUUGGGAGUGGUUACUUGCUUGUCCAGGAAAGCUGAGGUAAACUCUGAUGAAGCGUUGGCAACUGUCAUCAAUUGAUGGUCGGUGCGAGUCGCAUGAUGGCAUAGUACAGUUUUGUGUUUUGAAAACUGGCCGCGAGUAUGGAGGUACUGGGGUAUUGCGUCUGUCUUCCGCUAGGAAGAAGAGUUGAAGCUUGGUCCGAGUGUCAAAGGAGUGGAGAAGAUACGAGUAAGGGUUGGUUUCCUGAUGCCCUCCGUGCGUGCGUGUGAUGAUGACUAAUUCCUUUACGUAAUCUUUGUUGUCAUGCUGGUG